CUGGGUUUUAGGCGCAAACACCGCCCUGUUUAAGAUGUCGUCACUUCAGUAAAGCAUCACGCAGCAGCGGCAGUCCACGAACUGUUCCUGUAGUACAAGUGGGACGAAGCCGGUACCCGCAUCGUCAAACAAGUCUGCUGCCUAUCGAGUCAAUUCCUUCCGCCUGUCUUCGCCUGUCGGUCAACCUUCCGCUCCUUCGGUAAUCCGUCCCCCGGGGUUCCAAGUGUGGUGGAAAGGAGGUGCCUUCUGCCCCUUUGAGGAACUCUUGGCCUCCUGCUGCGAUCGCGAGGCGUGGCGAUGGCGCAACAUGCCCAACUUCCUGAAGCAGUAAGUGCAAACUUGGAGGCUCCAAAUCCCAAGGAUGAGCCACAUGCAAGCAGAGAAGAUGAUCUCCGCCAACCGAUAGAAUCACAUUUACCUCAUAUUGCUAUUGCACAUAAGCCAACCACAGAAUCCCCUCUUCAUAGGCAUGGGUAUCAACCAAAUUCCAGUGAACAUAGAAGGGCUGGUAGAACAAGUGGUGAAUCUGACAAUAGCAUGGAGCGCUCUCCACUUCACCCCCAUUAUCAUGUGAAAGCUGCAACUAGAGGUGGUGUAUCUUCCAAGGGUUCAUCAGUGAGUAGCCAUGCACUUGCUUCAAAUGUUGCAGGUAGAUCGAGACCGAGGACCGGUGGUCGAGGUGAUGAAACUCCUGAUAAAGGGUCAUCUGUGCCAAAGUUUGGUGAGUGGGAUGAAAGUAAUCCUUCAUCAGCUGAUGGUUUCACUGGCAUAUUUAACAAAGUGAGGGAGGAAAAAAAGAGUGGAUCAGCAAAAGCUACCAUGAUAACAAAUGAUACAAUCUAUGUCAAUGACCAAGAUGGUAGUGGUGGGUCCUUGAGCUGUUGCUUUGGCUGGUGCAAAAAAUAACUAGUAUUACAAGAAGAUUCAGAGCUUCGAUCCUGUAAAUAUCCUCAAAGAAGAGUCAUGAUAUUUGCAUCUGUUUGGAACUGCAUUUUCCUCUGUGCUAGCGUGUGUAAGUACUGUAUUGCAUCGAUGAACAUGUUCUUUUCAAUUUGUUUAAUCUUCUAUUUCUUGUUGCAAUACUGUAAACGAGCAUAUUUUUUCUUCUUCUGGUGUGA